AUGCCCAAAAUUCUCGAGCUUCAGUCGCCUGCUGAGGAUCACAGCCUGGGUCUUGAGGUUUGCGUGUUGGUGUCGCAGAGAAGCGAGCUCGAGGAGUAUGGACUCACUGCAACGGAGUGUGAGGCUGCGGAGAACCUGUUAGUUAGACAGGCCCAAUUGGAAUCCUUUCCCGACGAGAUGAGGUCGGCGGAAUGCGGAAAAAACGUCUCCAGCUCGAGUAAGAUUCGAGGUCUGGCGCCUUACAUGGAUGAACACGGAGUUCUGCGAGUUUAUGGCAGAGUUGAUGCCGCACUGUGCAUGCCCUACAGUGCGAGGAGGCCCGUAAUACUGUCACACAGGCACAGUCUUACGGAAUUAAUCGUGAGGCACUUUCACGCCCAGAUGAAGCAUCAGAACGUGGAUGCGACGAUUGCUCAGAUAAGGAAGAGAUUCUGGGUCACGAAGAUGAGACGAGUGUUGAAGGAAGUAAUCUCGUCAUGCAACGAGUGCAAGCUGCAACGAACGCGGCCGAUGCCGCCGAUAAUGGGACUCCUUCCAGAGGAUCGACUGGAAGCGGGGGGAUGGGCGAUUCAUCUGGAGCUGGCGCAUGACCUGUCGACGGAUUCCUGCAUAAUAGCGAUCAGGAACUUCGUCUGCCGUAGAGGACCAGUAUAUAGACUGCGGAGUGAUAACGGCAAGAACUUCGUGGGAGCUGACAGGGAGGCCAAGCGAUUUGGAGACGUGUUCGAGAUGGAGAGGAUACAGAGUGAGUUGUCCAGCAGAAGCAUUGAAUGGGUUUUCAAUUGCCCAUCGAACCUGUCUGAGGGCGGAGUAUGGGAGCGGAUGGUGCAGUGCGUCAAACGAGUGCUGCGCCAUACCGUGAAGGAAGUCGCGCCGAGGGAUCGUGUGUUGGAGAGUUUCCUGAUCGAGGCGGAGAAUGUAGUCAACUCGCGUCUGCUCACCCACUUGCCGGUGGAUGCGGACCAAGAGGCACCGUUGACGCCAGAUGAUCUGCUCAAGGGAGCAGCUAACCUGCCGAAUACGCCGGGAUUGGAUGCGGAGCUGCACAAGGAGGGUUCUACGCGAAAGCAGUGGAGGAUUGCUCGCAUGCUGCGAGACCGUUUCUGGAGGAGGUGGGUCCUGAAGUACCUGCAUACGCUUGUGCGCCGCGAGACGUCGUGCCGAAGAACGGAGCCCAUCCUCCAGGGCUAA